AUGACGGCGCCGUUCAAGGUCAGGGCCAUCUACGAAUACUCGUCGCCGCACGAGGACGACCUCAACUUCCCCAUCGGCCAGGUCAUCACCGUCACCGAAGAGGAGGAUGAUGACUGGUACAGCGGCGAGUAUGUCGACGACAGCGGCACCCAGCAUGACGGCAUCUUCCCUCGCAACUUCGUCGAGAAGUUCGAGCCCACCGCGCCACCCCGGCCAACAAGAACUCGGUCCAAGAAGGAACCUGAGAGAGCGGAGGAGGAAAUAAUGUCGCCGCCGUCUCCUGUCCCGGCUCCAGCUCCGGCACCUCCGGUACCUGAGGUUCCGUCCCCUGCGAAGGAGGUGGAGGCUGAGAUGGAAGAGAUCGACCAGCCGACGCAGAAAACCGUUGCCGAUCGUCCGCUACCCCCCGUUCUGCCACCUGCCGCCUCUCAAGUCACGCCGUCGCCGCCGGCUGCCAAACCGAAGGAGGCCCACGCCGCUGACGCCACCUCGUCGUCGACUCCCAAGGCAAAGCCUUCGGCCCCGCCCCCGGUCACGGAGAAGUCGGCAUCAUUCAGAGACCGCAUCGCGGCAUUCAACAAGCCUGCCGCACCUCCGGUAGCCCCAUUCAAGCCAGGCGGUACCACUGGCUUCAUCAAGAAGCCCUUUGUUGCCCCCCCGCCGAGCCGAAAUGCCUACGUCCCUCCGCCGAAGGAAACCCACGCUACGUCGGCAUACCGACGGGACGAAGACCCCGAGAUCAAGGAAAGAGAGGCUGAGAAUCUUGAACACGCCGAGAGGGCAGGACUGGUACCUACCGAAGAUCAGUCGGCGGGUGAAGGUGAGGAUCAGCCAAAGCCGACGAGCCUCAAGGAGCGCAUCGCCCUGCUUCAGAAGCAGCAGAUGGAACAGGCGCAGCGCCACGCGGAGGCUGCCACGAAGAAAGAGAAGCCCAAGAAGCCGGCUCCGAUGAAACGCGUCGACACGCAUUCGAGCGAAGCUGCCGGCGAUGUUGCCGAUGCCCUCCCGUCACCCACCAUGGAGCGCACCGAGACUUCCGAGACGGUGAGAACGUCUACGGACGAGGCGCGCCAUGCGCGAGGCCCUCUCCCUCUCCGACACAAGUCGUACAGGGCCCAUCCCGAAUCCGUUCCCGACGGCAAUGAAGCGGAUAUGUCUGGGGCAGGUGACACUACCGAAGGACAGUACGACACGGAAGAUCGCGAUGACGGUGAUGAAUUGGCGCGAAGAACUAUACGUACCUCCUCUCCUGCGAAGCAACGGGAGGAAGAAGUAGAGGGUCAGGAGGAGGACCAGGAAGAGGAGGAGGAGGAGGAAGAGGAGGAAGUUGAUCCGGAGGUCAGACGAAAGGCAGAGCUGCGAGCUAGGAUGGCCAAGAUGAGCGGGGGCAUGGGUUUCCACGGCAUGUUUGGCGCCCCCUCUCCUCUCGGUCCUCCUCCACCAAAGAAGAAGGCAACCAAGGAGGCUGCCUCUAGCAACGAUGCCGAACCAACAAGUCCCGUUUCUCGUCCUGCACCUCCGAUUCCGACGCCCAUGGCCAUGGGUCUUCCGGGUAUGGGACCCAGGGGAUUGGAAGCUCAAGGAUCCGACAAUAUUGCUCUCUCCCCAGCAGCUGGGCCUCCGGUGGUGCCUUCGUCCUCGGGCCCGGAAGAGGGUUCAGAGAAUGACGAUGACUCGACGACACCGGCAUUGGCGUCCGAGCCGAAAGGCAUGCCGAGACAGCAGGCCACCAAAGCCGAUGCUGAUCUCGUAGAACCCCGACGCGAAUCCGCCGCACCACCUCUCCCUGGUGGCUGGCCUACGCCUCCACCCGUCCCGUCGGAAGGUAAGUCAAUGUUCGCGUCGCCAUCGUUCUUUGCUGAACCAGUUGCGACUCUAGCUCGCCCCCCUCCCCCACCUCCGCCUGCAGAGUUGCAUCCUGCUUCAGACGGAUCCGAGUCGGAUGAUGAACUCUCUGGAACAGCCGGAGCCCGAGAUAGGAGCAGCGCCACCUUUAGCUCCGCCACGCGAUCCCCGCCGAUGGCACCCCAUCCCUCGUCACCGGGCUUGCCGGGAAGGUCGCCAUCGUCACCUCACCCGGAUGAGUCGUCCGCAUCGUCGCCCCCCUCGGCCAACAGGCGGAACAGCAGGCAUCCGCCUCCGAUUCCUGGGGCGACCCCUGUUCCACCCCCGGCCCAGAGCCGGCCUGUUCCACCUCCACCCCCCCGCCGGCAGUCAACUGCCGAUGCGCCUAUGGCCCCGCCGGUGCCCACUCGACCUCCGCUGGCGGACGAGGAUGAGGAAGAAGAGAUAACGGAGUACGAGGGCGACUACGAUACCGACAUCGCGUCCUCAGUCCCCCAUAAGGACGCGCUCAAGUCCCACGCUCGGGAAGCCAGCCUCCUGGACGACGGUACGCUGCACUCGCCAGUGGCCGAAGCACCCCCGAAUCAGCCACCUCCGGUUCCCUCGGCCAUGGCGCCGCGAGCUGUGCCUCCCCCGAUUCCAUCGCAACCGCCGCCAGAGAGCGGCAGAAGGGGGCCGAAAGAUGCCCCUCGAGCGGCGCCCCCACCGCCCCCCCCUCCGCCGACCAAGGAAGCGCCUACGCACGCUGGCGACGACGAUGGCGCCAACUGGCCGCUGUCCGUUUCCAUUCCGGCGGGGACUAGCCACGAGCAUAAAGCGUCCGGCAUGGAGGAGGAGGGCUACACGGCCGGUGUGUCCGCGGCACUGUCACCGCUAGGCCCCAAGGCGGCGGCCGGGACCCCCCGCGGGCGUCAGCAGAAACAAUCGAUGGAUGUGCCGCGGACGAGCACGAGCAAUCGACGGUCGGCUGACUUGCUUCGGCCUUCGAUGGAAUCCGGUUUCAUCGCGAACGACGUCGACCUCGCCGUCCAGAGCGAGUGGUGGAAGCAGCCGAACCAGGUGCCGCCCGCUCUGCAGGGGCGAAAAGACAUACGGGUCGAGAGCGAAGAGUCGACGACGACGAACCAGGGGGCAAAAGCGGUCGUAUCGCUCGAGUUCUUCAUACUGUUCCAGGACUACUCGCAGACGAUCAUCACCGUCCGCUACGACCCUUACAACACAGCCGACGUCGAGGUUGAGCAGCGGCACGAGCCUCCACCGCGAGCGCUGCGGCAGGACCAGAUGGAAGAGUACCACGACCGUUUCGGGCGGCAAAUCUCGCAGUUGGCGUCAGCCAAGAAGGACACCGUCGUAGCCGACGGGACACCUCAGGGUCUCGUGCUGGAGCUUCUCCGGCCACAUGGGGAUGCCCUAUGGCCGGUGGGGACACGGUCGUACGGGGCACUGGUGUACGCCAACAUGGCCAACGCGUCGACGCAGCAGCACGAUGUGAUCCGGCCCGGCGACAUCAUCACGAUCCGUAACGCGAAGUUCCAGGGCAAGCACGGGCCGAUGCACGCGAAGUACUCGGCCGAGGUCGGCAAGCCAGACCACGUGGCGAUCGUGGCGGAAUGGGACGGGACGAAGAAGAAGGUGCGGGCCUGGGAGCAGGGGCGAGAGAGCAAGAAGGUGAAGAUGGAGAGCUUCAAGCUGGACGAUCUACGAAGUGGCGAGGUCAAGAUCUGGCGGGUCGUGCCGCGGAGCUGGAUAGGGUGGAACAGCCAGCCCUAG